CACCCUGACCCUCCCCCUCCUCCUCCCCAGCCAGCUCUCCUCGUCUUCUCCGGCGGGACCGCCUUCAACGGCGUCGUCGAGGACCUCAAGACCUUCACUACCCGCGUCGCCCACGUUCUCCCCGUCUCCGAUGACGGCGGAAGCACCGCCGAGAUCGUUCGCGUCCUUGGUGGUCCUGCUGUUGGAGACAUACGUUCGAGGUGUCUGAGGUUGUCUGAUCAGAGCACAGCUGAAGCUCUUGCAGUUCGGAAUCUACUUGGUCAUCGUCUACCUCUUGAUCCACUCAAAGCUAAAUCUGAAUGGUACUCCAUUGUGGAAGGUGAUCACACACUAUGGAAAGGUGUUUCGAAACCUUACAGGGAGACUAUUCGAUCUUUUUUGGUUUAUUUUCAGAGUCAGAUUCUACGCCGGGCUGAAGAAUCAUUUUGUUUCAGCAAUGGCAGCAUCGGGAAUUUCUUUUUUGCAGGCGCACGUAUAUUUUUUCGGUCCUUGGAUGCUGCAAUAUUUUUGUUUUCACGUGUUUCAGAUAUUCCCCCUGAAAGCCUGGUUCUCCCUGUAAUUUCCACCAACGACAGGCUUACCUUAGGGUGCGAAUUAUGGGAUGGAACUAUUAUAAGGGGACAAAAUGAAAUUUCUCAUCCAACCAGGGGAACGACGGAGCUGAUUAACAAGGAUAGCUUUUCCACUCCAGCGCUUCCUUCAAAAAUAAAACGUGUCUUCUACAUGUCAAGUGAGGGAAAAAAUUUGCUCCAUGAGGUAUUUCCUUCACCUAAUGCAACUGUAUUAGAGCAGUUAAGUAAUGUGGACUGCAUUGUGUAUGCCAUGGGUUCCCUUUUCACUUCAAUCUGCCCCUCGUUGGUCUUAUUGGGAAUUGGGGAGAUUAUUUCAUCAAGGUCUUGCCUCAAGGUACUUAUGUUAAAUGGCACACCUGACCGGGAGACUAACGGGUUUUCGGCUUCUUGUUUUGUUACUGCCAUCACGGAUGCUCUAAAUCGAACAUAUGGAGAUCCUUGCAAUCGGCUACAGAAUCCUCCGAGUCAGUAUAUCAAUACCAUUUUGGUGCCAAGAAAUAGUUCAGUUCCAGUUGAUGUUGACCGAUUGAAUGCCCAAGGAAUAUUUGAUGUGAUUGUUGUUGACUCCCUACGUGAUUCCAAAGUGGGUAUAAUAUAUGACCCAAAAUCGUUGAUAAGAGCUCUCGCUGACUUAAUUGACAGAUACAUGAAGUCAAGAGUCAAGGAAUUAAUCGAUGCUAGAUGAUAUAACAAGGGGCUACAAUUAACAAUUUUUUUCCUCUGAAGGAUUUCUAGGUAAAAUUGCCUAUUUAUAAUCAUAUAUUGGAACAAUUUUUCCUCCCAUCCAAAGUACAGCAGUUCGAUGAAACCAUGGUAUAAUGUUUAUUGCCAUAAUUAUUUGAUUAUGUAGGGAUGAUAUAGUUUAAGAUAAAAGAAAAAAAAGGAGGAGAAACAUUAAGAGUCUUGUUGUAGAUUUAUAGCAGUGCUGUGUAUGUAUGUCGCAUACAUUAAUCUUAUUUGAUUAUGGCAAAUCUCAAUUGAGUGUAUCUUAAAUGUUUUGAAGUUGAAUGAAAUCCAAAUUAAAAGAA